AACUGCCUGAUUCACCAGAGCAACUCCUUUCGUACCUAUUAUAUAUCGCCAAGUAAAAGGCCGGUGGAUUAACAUGUGACGCGAUUAUCGGGGGUAUCUCUCUAUACGUUCAGUUCAUAUGAGACUUAUUCUGUACAUCGCAACUUGAUUUUCAAACCACUUGUCUCAGCGCAUCUCACCUACAGAAAGCAUGGCCAUCACUAGCGGUUCAGAGAGAGGGUAUGAUACCCAGGUGCAAGAAGAGGAAGAUAUACCAGCUUAUCAGAGCAUCGCACCCAGUAUUUUCGUGCCCGCGCAGAUUGAUUUCACAAAACCACUACCAAGACCGCCUUCAGAACCCACUCAACGACGUGUCGAGAUGCUUGCUCAGAUUGACGAGCAUGCAGAUGCCGUAUUGGAAAACAUAUACUACAUGCUUAACCGUGAAAAGACUAGAAUUCUCCAAGAAUGCAAAAGGAGAGAAGCGAACUUUCCUCACCACAGAGAUUUACCUGGUCUAACGGACGGCGAAGAGCGCUCGCUUCCUUCUAACGGGAUGGAAAUGGAUGAGAUCUUAUACCUCAAACAAAAUGCCCCUAAGCCGAACCAAAUAUCUUCCGACGUACCUCCCAUGUUCACGCACAAUCAGUGUUUACAUGUAGAGACUGGCGGCCCUGAAGAAACGCCGCGCAAGUCAGCAGAGAAAAUGCUGAUGAACCUGGUGAAGCAUGGCAUACAGAAUUUAGAAGGAUUCGCCCAGCACAUCGAAAAUGUGAAGGAGGUAAAAAGACGGGAACUCGAUAAUGAGACGCACUCCAAGGGUCAGACUUCUACGGAGAAUGUGCCUGCAGACAGGAUGGAUAUUAGUUAAUUCUAAUCGGAAGCAUAUAUAUGUAUAUAUACGAAAGCUUCCCCUAUACCAACGCC